UCACAUUCAGUUCGUUCAGACUUCAGAUUCACAUUUCACGUAUUACAAGUACAAAUCCAACAAACCAUAGUUGUUUAUCGAUCCGUUUCUCAGAUAAUAUUGUAAAAAGUUCAAGUGAUUUGUGCUUUUGGCGGUUACUUAUUAAUUGAUUUAGCACUAAAUGUUUGUACAUCAACAAUUAAAGCUAUAAAUUUAAAUAAUUUAUUAUAGAAAAUACAAUGUUUAAGUUUUCAAUAAAUGCUCUUCGCCGUUUAUUUAUUUUAUCUUUUUAUAUUUCUGUGGUGAUUUCAUAUGAAGUGGACACUUAUGAUUUCCUCAUGCCUAAUGUGUAUCCGCAUCGGGAUGAGCUGUAUCUGUGUACUCCAAUAAGAAUAGCACCAACACAAAAAUUCUACAUAGUGGGAUUCAAACCAAAUGCAACAAUGAACACGGCUCAUCAUAUGUUGCUCUAUGGAUGUACAGAACCGGGAUCUAAUGAUUCUGUUUGGAGCUGUGGUGAAAUGCAAAGCAAUGAAGUAGAUGACAUGUAUACAACCUCCAGCCCUUGCAAGUCGGGAUCUCAGGUGGUGUAUGCCUGGGCCCGUGAUGCUCCGAGUCUCCAGCUGCCUCAAGAUGUCGGCUUUCUGAUCGGCGAUGGCUCGCCUAUUAAGUACCUGGUGCUGCAAGUCCACUAUAUGGCCAAGUUUCCAGAAGGCAAAACGGAUGACUCUGGUGUUUUUCUACAGUAUACGACAAAACAAAUGCGUCGUCAAGCUGGAGUGCUGCUGAUGGGCACAAGUGGCGUGAUCGGUCCGAAUCGGGUGGAACAUAUGGAGACAGCUUGCACGAUCCGGGAGGAUAAAGUGAUACACCCGUUUGCGUUCCGAACACACACGCAUAGCCUUGGUAAGCUAGUGUCAGGGUACGUGGUGUGUCAAUCGGAGCGUGGGGACAAGUGGAACCUGAUCGGCAGCAAAGACCCCCUGUUGCCCCAGAUGUUCUACCCCGUGGAGGAUCCCACGCCCAUCCGGCCUGGUGACAUAGUGGCCGCUCGCUGCGUUAUGAACAACACUCACAACCACGUCGUCAAGAUUGGAGCAACAAACAAAGACGAGAUGUGCAACUUCUACCUGAUGUACUGGGUGGAGAACACGUCUCCUCUGCAGAUGAAGUACUGCUUCUCCGCCGGGCCGCCCUUCUACUACUGGAGCACCGCGCAGCAAAACUUCAACCGAAUACCGGACCUCGACGACUUUCAAGACAACCACGUGUAAGGAAAACACUUUACCAAAUACUCUUGUCCACGACUGUAUGACUAAUCUUGAUUAUUUAUUAAUUAGAUUCUACUUACUUAGUUGAUGUUUUACCACUAACACAUUAAUGUUAAACCGGGUCUGAUGUGACUGUCCCCGCAUGGCAGUAUAAAGGUCUACUCAUACAUGAUUCGCAUUCGAUUCAUAUACGGUAUUCGCUGCCACUGCGGGUAGAGCGACAUACCGCGCGGGUUUCUCUCAGGUAUUUAGUUUCAAGUUUCGCGGCCAGGGCGAACUGAACGGUAUUCGCUGCCACUGUGUGUAUAGCGACAUAACGUGCGGGUUUUGCUUAGGUAUUUAGUAUCAAGUUCGCGGCUAGGGCGACCUGAACGGUAUUCGCUGACACUGUCUGUGUUUCGUUCAGGUAUUUAAUUUCAAGUUUCGCGGCUAGGGCGACCUGAACGGUAUUCGCUGCCACUAUAUGUAGAGCGACAUACCGCGCGGGUUUCGCUCAGGUAUUUAGUAUCAAGUUUCGCGGCUAGGGCGACCUGAGCGGUACUCUCUGCCACUGGGUCUGUUGAUGUAAUGGAUCCAAUUUUGUUCUUAGCUGGUGAGUCAAUUAAAGCUAAUAUAAGUAAAAUAUCCUUUUCAUCACUGUCCAUCGCUCAUAUCAGAAGCUGGGCGGUGUACAUUCUUUGGCGACACAGAAAUUACUGGCAAAAACUUCUCACUUUCGUGAGUGAAACUCGAUAACCGCGCGGUAUUGUAUCCACAAGGGCAGCGAAAUCCGCUUUGGUCUGAACAGUAAUAUUACCGAAUACCCACUGGGUUUUCUAUAUCGCAGGCGGUCGCGGAUACCGCUUGGAUUUGAACAGGCCUUAAAAACCACGAGGUUGGUAGUCUCAUGUGACGGCCCCAAUGCGGUGUGAUCUGACCGUCACUGUGCAUUCACAUAUUUAGUGAUACAUUAUCUUUCAAUAGUUCUUUAUAGUUAUGUUAACUUAUACUAGGGCCAACGAGAUGAGAAAAAUAAUGUAAACAAACGGACCGUGACUGCGUUACAUUGCGAAAACGAAUGAUUAUUAUCUCUGUCUUUAUCACUCGUAAGCAGUAAGACGUCAGUUGGUGUCGUUGCGUGUUUCGUGGUACAGGAAAGCAACAACAUUUGAUCCGCCAUUUUGUGAACAAGUUCAUACCUGUUUGGAUUGCGUUCGAAGUGAUACAUAAGUUUUAGUUUCCGUAUUGACUUUACGUUAUAUCAUUAUUAAUCCGUUUCUUGUUGGUUUUGCUGUUAUUGUGAGUAAUUGUUGAUUUUAAUUAUGUAAUCAGCCUAACAGCUCUAGACAACAUUUGAAAUAUAAUAUCAAUUAGUUUUAAUGUUCAAAGAUUUCGACGAAAAUGUUUUGAACCCCUGAAACUUUGUUUACAUUCUUUAUCUCUUCUCGUUAGCCUUACUAUACACUAUAUUUGAUUAGUUUAUUGAAAUCAUGAGAUUAAUUUUGACAUCUGUGCUUAUUAUUCGAUUCAUGCUAUUAGGGUUGUUUUGAUAAAAUAAUUUUAUACCAUUAUUAAUUUUGUAGCUAUGUUACAAUGAGAUCUUAAAAAGUGCACAAAUGCACCACAUAGACUGAAAAUAUACUAACGUGUAGACGACCUGGCAGCUCCUAAUACGUGCCAAUUACGAUUUGGCAUUUGUUGUGUGCGUUAGCUGGUUUAAUAUUCGCAACACUGAGCGCAAUUCCAAGCGUGGCUGAAUCGAUUGAAAAUCGGUUACCAUAACAAUAGGAUUCGCAUGCCUUUUCUAUACGCUAGUGUAUUCUAACGGCCUUACAAAUAAAAUUGACAAAGUUAUAACUAAGCAUAAACCAAGAAUAUGUAAAAUGUUUACAAAUAGACAUUUUGCUCACGAAUGGUUUGUUCGGACGUAUAACGUUUCCCGCGUUUAUUUGCAAGGCAGCUUGUCAUUCGGAAAACUUCAGAAUUAUCAUUGUAUUGACAGUGUUGUCAACGAUAUUGUAAAAAUUUUGCAUUUUCUUUGUUUAUCAUCAGUUAUAACUUUAUACCAAGUUUAUUUGUAAGGCCAUAAGUCUUAUAGUUAAAAACAUAAAGAAUUUUUAGAUUGUAAGAAUUAUUAUUUCCCCCUUUUUGGUGACAAAAUAUAACUUUAAUUUAAGUAGUUUGUUAUGUUUUAAAGUGAUAACCCUCACUUCUGGGAUUAAUUACACAAAUAAAACUGAAAAAAAAAAAAUUCUCGCACGGAACGCGAAAGGUCGCGGGUUCGAGUCCCACAUCGUACAUAAUUUUUUUUUGUUUUAUUUGUGUAACUUACUUUAAGUAAUAAGUGAAAAUGCAAACCUAUUUAUUUAAUUUACAAAAUGCGAACUACAAUUUACUCUAUAAAUUAAUUUACAACAUUAACUUUGUUACUAACGAUACUCCUUGUAAGAGAUUUAUGUUUAUAGCUGAUCUCGAUAUUGUCUGCGAGUCCCUUUUUCUCUAGCAAAAAUUGUAUUAUUUUCGUGGAUAUUUUCACCUUCCCAUAAUAUUCAUUUAAUUACAAUCUUAUUAAUAAAUAUACAUAGAAUAGAAGAAAAAGUAUUGUCGAAAUUAUAUUUUAAUAUAAUUAUAUAUUCGUAGUACGUAGUAUUUGUUAGUUGCCAAAAUAAAAUCUCAAUAUUUACGUCUAUCACAUUCUUCUAGUCAGCAUCCAAUCACGUUCUAAGAUGCCUAAUUAUGUUACGUCCGUUGUCAUUGUCAAUGUCACUUUCGUGACAAUGACAUAACAACGUAGCUCAAUAGUAUAACUCUUUGUAUAUGAGGUUUUAACUUUGUUUUUUGGAAGUUAUAAUUUAUCAAAAGGCAAUGUAUUUUAUAAAAUAAAAUAUUGAAGUACUUUACGGAAAUCCAUAAUUAUCAAAAUGUUUUGAGUUUUAUUUAGUGUUAAUUCCGUCAAUAUUUGUCUUUUAAACAAUUCGACACGUGUUUCGCCUCUACACGAGGCAUUAUCAGCAUAUGUUGACUCGCCAAAAUCUGGCACGAGGCGAUUAUUGGCGGAAUUAACACUAAAGAAAACUCAAAACAUUUGGAUAAAAGGCAAUGUAUCAAAAGGCCAUCUCGAAAUAAUUUUAUUGGCAAAGUGUAAAUAUUAAGUGGUGGUUAAAAACGUCAAAUUAUAUCGCACGAGUUAGGAAAUCUGUUCUUUAAAGAAAUUAAUAUUUUAAAUCAUUUCGCUCAUUUCUAACUUUACAUCAUAUUCGAAAUAUGUUUUCAAAUUGCGUUCUUCACAUUGUUUAUAUAUUUAACAAUGAACUUAUAAUUUUAACUUAAAAUUCGAAGCAUUUGUGUAUGUAAUAGUAGAUUGCCACAGUACUUAAUAAUCACAGUAUCUAUAUUUGAGAAUUUCUGAAAGAGUACAUGAUAAUAAUUGUAAUGCUUAUACUCUAGAAUUGAGUAUAUCCCUAGGCUAUUGAUUUUAAAAUAUAUAUAUUUUUAUUUUAUUUGUAAAUUCCAUUAAGUUUGAAACUGUAUUUCGGUGACAUUAAAUGUCGAAAAUAUAGACUAAAAGAAAUGCUAUUUUAAAUAAGUAACUAAUAUCUCACAAUAUAUCAUAUUUUUGAAAAGUCUGACAUAUUUUCCAGAUCUGACGUAUUUUUAAUAUUAUUUAUGUACGUUUUAACACUAACAUUUCAAUCUAAAUGUAUAUGAGAGUAAUUUAAUGUUUUUUAGGUUCAUUUAUAUUUCUGUACCAAGCUCGACUUCGAGCGGUUUUAUAAGUAAUUCAUUGUCGGGAUAUAUUUCACGGGGACACCACGGCGGCGCAACCAGUCGCCGCUACCAAAAAAAUGUAUGCAGCUAUUUAGAGAGUUACUCACCUGGUGUCCUGUGCUUGUCCUGUGGUUGCGCAACCAAUUUGAUGGUGCGACCAGCUCGGAAGCGUCAUGACUCUGGUGUCUAGUUUGGUAGACUGGUUGCGCCACCGUGGUGUCUCUGUGAAAAUCAGCCUUAAGUGUCCAUCUUACGAUCCAAUGAUAUGUUUAAUAGUUCUCUAUGUUUUAAGGCAUUUUUUUGGUAUAUGGACCAAUGCGGUUUAAAAAUAUCAAAAAAAUAACCUUAUGUGUAAGGUUUUACAUUAUUCAUUGAUUUAUGGUGUACCUACAGAAAUAUAGAAAUUUAAAAUAGGUCCUAGUGUUUACUGAGAGUAUUUACCCAGAUGUAGCGUGUGUUGCCUGUUGUUUUAAAUUCAAUCAGAGAAAUAAUUAGGAAUUGAUAUCAAAUAGUUCUAAUGAUCUCAUGAGAGUAUUGAUGUACUAUGUAUGACCAAUUUGCAUGCCAUGACCAAAAUCUUUCUUUUAUUACUUCAAAAUUUCUUUUAUAUGUUUCUUAACUAGUUUUACAUUUGACAAAUUUUGUUCAAAUUCUUAUUCGUAACUCUUUAAAAAGGCAUAAGGCAUUUAUUUUCUCAAAAUUGAUUCCUUUAGAAUUCUUUUUGAUGUCACUUUAAACAUUACCAUCUCUGAGAGAGGAGAAACGGAACAAGAAACUCUCCCAGCAUUCUUUUUUUGCGCUCUUUUUAUUAAAAUAUACAAUAUUGUCAUUGUUAUUGCUAUAAAAUUAUCAUAAUCUAGUCCCAGGCUGCCGAUUACUUAGAUAUUCAGGCAUUACCUCUGGUAAUGUGUUUGCAAAUGUUAAUUUCGCAUUUAUAAUGUGAUUUGCCGAAUGUUUUUACAAUAUGCGCUAGCGUCUCCAUUUGGUUAAAUACUCCAAGAUUAGUAAGUAAGAAAAAUAUAUUUAUUUUCGGUGUCUAAUGAGAUAUCAACGACUUGUGCAUCGCUUACUGGACUUCGAUUAUUGUAAAUAAUGUUUCUUCCUCUCUUAUUCUUACACUUCGAUUAUAUCUCGAAAGUGUUUGAAUGACAGAAUAUUAUAUUGGAGGUGCUCCUAGUAUUAUUUUGCAAGUGCAAUAGCUUUUAUUAGUAGAAAAUUAAUAUUUUUAUGAAAUUUUAUUUAUGACUUUAUAUUUUUUCGCCUUACCUAUUAAUUUAUAUGUUUUUUUAAAUUGCUGCAAGCGCUCACAAGAUACACAUAACUUUAAAUUUUAUUAUUAAGUUUACUUUGGUCACGCAGUAGAGAAAAUUUCGGUGAUUGACCUAAUACUCUUUGUCAGAUACAAAGAGUAUUAGUUUAGUAUUUCUUGACACAAAUUUAAUUGUAGCUUUGAGACCAUAGUAUUGUAUUUGAAAAUUUAUUUGCAAAAAUUUUUUCUCACAAUUUUUUUAAUCUAAGUACCUAUUUAUAAUAUUUCUAAGGCACUAAAUUUUUUUGUGUGAUACUGAUAACUGGGCAAAUGAGACUUAACAUCAUAACUCAAGGUGACGAGCGCAAUUGUAGUGCCGCUUAGAAUUUUUAAGUUCCUCAAGAAUCCUCAGCUGAUCCUGCACUGCAUUGUAAUGUGCAGGGCGUAUCAAUUACCAUCAGCUGAUCGUCCUGCUCGUAUUGACCCUUACUCUCAUAAAAAAGUUCUCUGGCCGCAUUAAACCUUUAAUCACAUCCAUGUCUUAUCGAAUGAUACGAAAGACAGAAGAUUUAAUAUGUUAUUAAAUUUUUCAACGUUAUAUCACAAUACUUAGAUUCUUUGAGACUUAUAAUAAAAUUUAAAAUAUUAUACCUUCUCUUACUGAACUUGAAAUAUUUUAAAAUCUUCAAGAAUCAUUGAAUACAAAACGCCAUAUUUGUCAAAACGAUAGACUAAGAAUAUAAUAGCGUAGCCUGACAGCCCGGCAAUGCAUGGCUGACUGUUUAAGACUUAUCAAUCGAAAUCGCUUAUUUUUCUGUAUCUCUGAUAGAGAUAUUCUUGUCUCUGGCACGUUUUAGUUGUCUAUACACUAUUAUAUUGUUAUUCUACGGUCGAAAUCCCACAAGCCCACUAAACAUUAACCAUUUUUUGAUUUCGUGACAUUCCAGGGACAAUAGUAUUGAGUACUCAAAUGAGUUGACUGCUUUUGCAACUUUGUUUGUAUAUUUUUUAACCUUAGAUUAAGGAUUGGUCUCCGCUGCGCUCCAGCUAGAUACCGCACUACCUAAGAACAGUAGCUUUAAUAUUACGGCAACUAUUAGAUGCUUGUGUGCAUGGCGUCUUUCAAAUCUUGUAACAUACGUUUCGUGUUAUUUUAUAUUGAAAUUAAUAAUAGAGUCUUUCUAAUUUCUUGUAGUAUUAUUUUUUCAAAGUUUUACUACGCAGCCCGGCAUAACAUUUCAGUUUCAACUAAUAGCAAAGUUUAACAGAACAUGUGGCACGUCAACGUCACACAUUGUACGACGCUUACUGAGACAGGCUCGAGUACGCCCACCUGGGCGUAGUAUGAGUUGCCGCACUUUGCGACUAUUCCUGCGGUAUCUACUUGGAGCGCAGCGGAGAUCAAUCCUUAAUCUAUGUUUUCUACAUUCCUUCUACUACAAAUUGUAUAAAUUGUUUUUUCUUAGAAAAUGUGUCAACCUGUCAUUCCUAAUUAAUGUGAAACCUCUUAUUGUAUGGUUACAAUGUUAGAUGUGAAAAAUGUAUACAAUAAUAAAGUAUUUAAUUGCAA